UCGGACAGCCCUCGGGUAGGACUGUUUUAAACUGGGUUAGACGUGGGGAAUGGCAAUGGGAAUGGAUCGAACUUCAAGUAGCAGUGUGGCAGAACUUGGCGCAGGAGACGUCGAGGGGGCCAAAGUGGCAGACCAUCAAGAAUACGCCGAAGUCCUGUCCGUUGCCAGCCGCCGUCGCAAGCGGAGGUGGAAUAUUCGCUCGUGGAGCACCCUGGAUCUCUUGAGUGUGGCGGCUGUCGUCGUCGCCCUGCUGCUCAUCUUAGGCGCCAUUUACAUGCACUUAAAACAGAGGCCCCAUCUGGGGCGCUUGCACAUCACUCGGAAGGAGAAGGGAAAUGAGCUGGUGGACACAGAGGCAUUGCCCAUAUCUCUGGAUGUUGCAGCGGGCGUGGCUGCACAGAGCAUAACUACAUUCCGGCCUUUGACUGUGGAGCCGAGCGAGGACUGCCUGCCAUGCAUCGCUGUCGCCGCCACGGACAAUCAGCCAGUAACAUGCGGGGGGAAGCCAUGUGGCAUCUAUCGCAUCUCGUGGCUGUACUGGAUGGACGCUCAGGGGACUAGUGACCCGGACAACCCACUUACGCAGGCAGGCUACGAGGGAUGCGUGCCCGUUGCCAGAUGUGCCGAGGGGCUUGUCCGGAGUUAUGUGAGGCGAUUCGGCUAUGACUGCGAUGGAGACGGGCUGAUUGGGUGUCGUGAUCACGUAAUGUUGCACCUGAACGGACCCACGGGUUGCCGCAUGGGAAAGCCCCUUCCUGCUCUGGCCGAGCUUCGAAUGAAUAAGUGUUUAGCCAAAAAAGACCUUCAGUAGAAUUGG